AAAUGAGGCCGUUGCCAGUGGCGGGAAGUGUGCUGUGUCGCGUGCUCUGCAGAGAGUUAUUCAGCGGAUGUUUCAUUGCCUAGCCGACAUCUAUAAGGUUGUAGUUGGGUUCUUUUCCCCUUUGAUAAAGCUCAUGUGCCUAUCCUCAGCCGGCUUGUGACAUACACAUGCAUGCAACCAUGGGUUAUACUGUAGGAAUAGCCGUACUGGUGCUCACGUUUGUUGCUGCCAGUCUGUCUCAGGAAUGUACCUUUGACGAGGCAGUCAACCCAAUGUGUGGCUGGAUCGGGUCACGUGGUAGUGAUUAUUACUGGCAGCUACGUGAGGGCAGCACACCUGCCAAGAACACGGGACCACCAAAUGACCGCUCAGGAAGUGGCAAGUACAUGCUUGCCAGGUCGUCGAUUGAAACCAGGAAGGGCCUGCAACGCCUCCCCAAACGAUCCCGGGCUCGUUUGACCAGCCCCACGCUGACCAUCGGCCCGCAACGGAAACUGCUCAGGUUCUACUACUUCAUGUUCGGCAAACAGAUCGGUGGAAUGGCGGUGUUUGUGGCGGUGAGGGGAGAUACUAGCCCGCCUUCACCCGUGUGGAGACGGAGGGGGAACCUAGGUGUGAUUUGGCACAUGGGGGAGAUACGACUACCUGCAAAUAGUACAGUCAAGGUUGUCUUUGAAGCUGCAGUCGGUAAGGGAGUAGCCGGAGACAUAGCCAUCGACGACAUCACGAUAAAUGACCUGGCAGCAGAUUGUACCUUCGAGAGCGCCGGAGGCUUGGUACCCAUCGAGCCCCCUUGUCUCUUCGAGGAGGCGAGCGAGGACCACUUCGACUGGCAGGAGAACACAGGGAAGACGCCCACAAGACGGACGGGACCAGCUAUCGACCACACCUUGGAACAAUCCAGAGGAACUUACAAGUACAUCGAGGCAACGGGCCCGAAUCAGGGGGAGAAAGCCCAUCUCCUGAGCCCCCGCUACACCAAGAUCCAAGGCGAUUGCGACGUGUCGUUCUGGUACCACAUGUACGGCGAGCACGUGGGCCAUCUCAAGGUGCACAUCAUGAAACAUCCCGGCCAUCUUGGGGAGCCUUACUUCACUCAAGCGGGCGACCAUGGCAACAUUUGGAUCGAGGGUCAUUUCAACAUCACCAACAUUGUCGGCAGCUAUCGGGUUGUUUUUGAGGGAAUCCGGGGGGAUGGUUCCUCUGGGGAUAUUGCCAUCGAUGAUGUCAGGCUUCUAGGUCCGCACUGCAUCACUGCUGAGUCACUCAGAGAAUUACAGAGAAACGAGUCCAGGAGGGAUAACUGUUCUCCGAACCCAUGCAGCCAUGGCGGUAGUUGCCAGCAGGUGAUUGGGGGGUACAGGUGUAACUGCACGGAAGGAUGGGGAGGAGUGAACUGCAACAGAGAACUUUUGAGAAGUUCGUGUUCCAGCCGGCCCUGCGUGAACGACGGUCAUUGUGUAGUCAUCAACAGCACGACCUACACCUGCGAAUGCCCGCUAGGCUGGACGGGUGAAAACUGCGAAAUCGAGGACACAGACUCCUCCUCUGGGUGUGACCCCAACCCGUGCCAAAACGAGGCUACCUGCUACAACUUCACCACAUACUACGAGUGUGACUGCAAAGAGGGCUGGACCGGUGGGGAUUGCGAAAUUGAGGACAUUCCAGAUCCUUGUGAGGUCAGUCCCUGUCGGCCUGGCGGUGUUUGCAUCCCUCAACCAGACGGAAGCUACACAUGCACAUGUCGUGAAGGGUUCGUUGGAUUUAACUGUGAAACAGAAGUACAGUUGACAGACCCGUGCGAGAGCCAACCGUGUCAGAAUGAUGGAACCUGCCGGGGUACCGUCCGAGAAGAGACGUACAUGUGCAUCUGCACUCCCGAGUGGUUGGGAACUAAUUGCGAAAUAGAUACGAGUAAUGUGGACAAGUGCCUGAGCAACCCGUGCCAGAACGAGGCGACAUGCAGUAGUUUUACCGACCGGUACGAGUGCCUGUGCACCGAGCGGUAUACCGGGGGAGACUGCGAGAUUGAUCGCGCAAGUAUUGACAAAUGUGCAAGUUCUCCGUGCCAGAACGACGCUACGUGCUCCAGCUUCUUCGACCGUUACGAAUGCUUGUGCCCAUCAGGAUGGACAGGGGAGAACUGUGAAGAAGACGUCGACGAGUGCUCACUCCCUACCAGUCCUUGCCAAAACGGUGGGAUGUGUAACAACACGAUAGGGGGUUAUAACUGCACCUGCCCCCGCGGCUGGCACAGCCAAAACUGCGACUUAGAGUGUGCCGACAGCAAUAAAAAUUGCAUGUACUGGGCGGCUGUAGGAGAGUGCAAAGUCAACCCCAACUACAUGCUGAUAUACUGCCAGAAAGCUUGCGGUGUGUGCCAAAACUACAUUUGUGAAGACUCCCAUGAGAGUUGUCCAAAGUGGAAAAAACUCGGAGAAUGCACGAAGAAUCCUUACUACAUGAUGGCCAAUUGUCACUACAGCUGUGGUGUCUGUAUUGACGAUGAAUGUGCGAGUAGUCCGUGUCAGAAUGCAGCUACAUGCGUGGACGGAGUGGACUCAUACACAUGCACGUGUACGCCAGGCUUUAAGGGCGUCAACUGUGAAAUAGACAUCGACGAUUGCCUCACCCAGCCUUGUAUGAAUAAUGGAACAUGCAUAGAUUUGCCGAAUGGAUUUGAGUGCAGAUGUACAGAAUGGUACAGAGGAUUCACGUGUGAAUUAGAGGCAGACUUCUGCACCAGCGAACCUUGUCUUAACAACGGUACAUGCACUGACGACCUAAGGGGAUACAACUGUACGUGUCCGGAGGGGUUUGACGGUAUAAAUUGCGAGAUAGAGAUCAACGAGUGUGGGAGCUCCCCCUGCCAACAUGGCGGCAGAUGCGAAGACCAGACCAACGGUUACGUGUGCCACUGUCCGCCUGAAUGGACCGGACCAGAGUGUCAAUUUGAUUUUGACGAGUGUAAAAGCAACCCGUGUACAAACGGCGGCACGUGCUAUCAUGGCGUCGGCAACCGACUCUACAUAUGCUACUGCCCACGUGGUUGGCAAGGAUCCAAUUGUGAACUAGAGGUGAAUGAAUGUUUGAGCUUACCCUGUCGGAACGGGGCAACCUGCCAGGAUUUGUUGGAUGGCUUCAACUGUUCCUGUACGGCAGGCUGGACCGGGCCGACCUGCGCCACAGAUAUAUCAGAGUGUGCGAGCAGUCCAUGCCUCCGUGGCGAGUGCAUAGAGGGCGCCAACCAAUAUGAAUGUCUGUGCUACCCAGGAUUCACCGGGGUCCAUUGUGAGAUCGACGUUGAUGAAUGUCUCAGUGACCCAUGUCUGAACGGUGGAGUGUGUCUCAAUUUAGACAACCGUCAUGACUGCAUCUGCCCUUUAAAUUGGCAAGGAAGAUACUGCGAACAAGCCGUGACAACAAUCCCAGCCACAACCCAGCGCACAACCCCACGCACAACUCCACGGGCGAUACCCCAUCACGGUUCCGACUCCUGGAGUGACUUCGAUUCGGACUUCCAGGAGUCCUCCUACCCAAUCAGCAGUGAUACUGAGUUCACCACGCCAAUCGACGAGGAGACCGACACCGAUGAAGGACCUUCGGGCAUGGGAGGAGGUACAGAGGUCAACACGCAGUCGCAGGAGCCAGAGACCGAAGACGCAACGAGUCCUAAGAUUGAGCUGGUGGAAACCACAUUAUUGGAGGAGAUUGAGACAACGAGUGACAGCCAAACUACGGAUGUAAACAGGCCAAGCACCCCUGGCAAAACCACCCCAAGGGAGGAUAACAAUGUUCUACCAAAAAUAGAAGCCACUCCCAAGUCUACGGGGGUUAAGGAUAACGGGACGGGGAAGAGCAAGCAAUCUAAUCCGCCCUCUACCGGCCACAUCAUAGCUGUCGUCUUCGGUGGCCUGCUCUUCAUCGCCAUUGUCGUCUUUCUUGUCAUCGUCUUAGUGCGACAGAGGCGGAAGUCGCGCAUCGGCAAAUACGAGCACUUCAGCAUGGACAGCAAAGACGCUGUGGCAUGGAAGGAGAUGGAUACCCGCUCCUAUAAUGACUCGAUUAACACGGAGAGCUCCAAUAUGUAGCCAGGGUACCACACUUAUCUGAUACCUCUGAGAUUUUGGUACAACUCUUAAUCAUUCCGUGGAUAUAGAUAAGAAAAAGGUUGUCUGUCUUUUACCGUAAGGCAAUAAUUUAAACCAAACAGUUCUCGAUAACAACGUGUGAGGGCGGCAAAACGCAUCCGUCGUGAACCCGAGGGGCAAGCAAAGACACCAAUUUUAUGGCCGACAAAUUAGAGAGAGAAAUGAUUAUAUUGGCCGCAAAAUUUAAACAAAGGUGGCCCUCUUGGCCAUGUCGAUAUAUUGCUUUAAUCCCCACUAAAAAUUGGUUUUAAUUAUAUUGCAUUUUGGAAUAGACUAGAUAAUAAGAUGCCCUUUUGCAUUGGUAUACAUAGAAGCAGCGUCCGGAAUGUGGUGAUCAAUUUUGAAUAUAUCAAGUAUGUAUGCUCACUGUUCCCUCUAAGCGGAUGUACGUGCGUCUAGACUCAGUUUCCCGAUUUAGAAUGUAGAUAAGAAAGGUAACAUUGAGCAUAGGCCUAUUAAAUUCCAUCCGCUAGAAAGGGGGCUUUCAUAAGACCAAGAACCAAUUAAUACCCAAGGCCCAAGAUUUUCUGUGGCACCUGUCGCUGUGCAAUCGAGGCAAUUCAUUGGCCCUGAUUCAGGUGUCACCUCCUUGGCCCUAAUUCAGGUGUCACCUAAUUGCACUUCUUCGCGCAUAUACCCCCUUAUAUUCAAGGCGGUUCUUUAUUCCUCUGUGAUACAAUUUUUAAUUAGUAGACUCUGUGUACUUUCAUUGUCACUGAAUCUAUAUAACAAAAACUGCCCUGGGUGAGGGCGCACCGUGAAGGCGUCUAUACUGCUCAAUGCACUCAUUUUCUCUGUGCAGAGCCACGUCCAAACUAUUUGGCUACGGCUAGAAAUAACUAUGGGAAGUGGCUACGGCCAGUUCCAUAGCCGCGUAUAGCCGCGUGUGUAAUUUCUAGCCUCAGCCAUAAAGUAACUCGGACACGGCUAUGAUAUUGGCUUGUAGUCAAGCGUGGCAUUGCGCAUGCGCUAGCGCGAUUGCAUGUCGCACUAUCCUUCCAUCCCACACUAUAAUUAUUUUCAAUACAAAGAUUGUAUAAACAAUAAAUGGUAAGACGACAUAUAUAAUAUACAUUAAACUAGCAAUUAAAGUUGGAUGAAAUAACACAAACAUUUUGUAUAGUGUUUACCCUUUUAAAAUCACGUAUCAAAAAAAAUAUAAUUGACUCUCCUUGAAAUUCCGUUCAAUGCGGUUCAGUUAUAUUAUAUAAUGUUAUACUUUUAUGUUUAUUUAUAGAUGUAGAUAUUCUGUACCAUAUGUUUUUCUGUAAUGAGAGACGUUUUGAAAUGAUGGGGGAUUUGACAGCUACGUGCACGCAGUCUCACACACGUGACAUGCAAUAAUUAACCAUUUCCCUGGUUCUUCAUUUAGAACGAGGUCAAAUUUACUGAAUAGUUAUUUCCGUGUAACUUGACAAAUAAUUAACUUAACUUCCGUGAAGUGUGCCCAGCGUCAACUUAAGUAUAACUGACAUUUUUACUGUAUUUUUAUGGGCUGAUAAAGUGUGUAACACACAAACAGAAGAAAGUGUUAAUGCCAAAUUCGAGUCUUCCUUCAAUAAGCGAAUUUUAUAUUUUAUAUGAGACAGCAAUAUCAAUUCUACAACCAGAAAGCUGAAAGAACUUUUAGAUUCCACGAUUCCAGAUUUCGUGAAACGGCAAGACUCAUGGUUCAAAAUGUCUUUGAAACAAAACAGCAAUGAAAA